CAACACUGAGGCUAUUUACUCCGGAUACAAGGUCACGUAUAUCCGGAUGGUAUUUUGUGUAUCCGUAGAUGCACCUUGCUUGUUUUGAAAUGAGUGCCGAAGUCAACGAGGCGUUGUCGGCGCCGCGCAACGUCGUGUCCAUCGAAGUGUUCUCAGAGCUACCGCUUACGGACACAGGAAGACCUGAGUUGUGGCCGUCCGAGGUGGAAGUGUACAGUGAAUCGCAUGUAAGCCUCUACGACGGCAACGUCAAGUCCGUCUAUUCCCGAGGGCGCUGUGUGAUCACCACACAUCGGCUGCUUUGGUUGAGCGAAGCGAAACGCACGCACAUCUACAUGUGUUUGUCGGCGAUCGACCGCUUGAGCAAGGAAUCCGGGUUCCUCUCGCGCUCGUCCAAGAUCCGCGUCGAUUAUCUGUGGCAGACGAGCGAGUCCAAGUUCCUGAAGCUUUCGUUCAAGACGGGCGGUCGGGACGAAUUCUUUAGUCCGUUCGAGGCGGCGAUGGCGCGAAAAGCAUGGGCGGACACGAAGGCGCCGAGUGCGCUCGCGGACCGUCGGUUGCAACAGACGCGGCAAUUCGACGCAAGUGCCGCGGGGAUCGGUGGGAUCAUGCAGCGGCGCCAAGACGAGCAGAAACAUACGUCGGAGCUCACGACGCAGUCGUUUUCCGACUUGCAUGCACUCAUGGACAAGGCCAAAGACAUGGUCGGGCUCAUCGAGCGAUAUGUGGCCACAAGCAAUGCGGCGACUUCGGCCGACGCCGCCGACGCGGCUCCUUCCACGGACGACGUCAGUGAGAUGCAAUCGGUGCUGCUCAACAUGGGCAUUGCGUCCCCUGUGACCCGCGAGAACUCUGGCGACGCGUACCACGUCCAGCUGGCGCGGCAGCUCGCGUCGUUCGUCAAGCUGCCUCUGGACGCGUCCGGCGGCAUCUUGACGCUGUCGGACAUCUACUGUCUCUUCAACCGCGCCAGAGGGUCCGAGCUCAUCUCUCCCGAGGACUUGUAUCAUGCCGCCGCCCUGCAGAAGCCGCUCCACCUGGGCAUUCACAUGCGCAAGUUUGACGGCGGACUCAUCGUGCUCCAAGCAGAAACAUGGUGUGACUAGAUUCACACAACGAAGACCGCGUGGCCACGAGACUGGAGACCCUCGCGACAGCGGCCGCCGACGGAUGCGUGACGUCCGCCGACGUGUCGCGCGCGUUCAAGAUCUCGCUCCCGCUCGCCGUGGAAUACCUCAAGGUCGCCGAGCAAAAGGGCAAGUUGUGUCGGGACGAUACGUUUGAAGGGCUCCUGUUUUACCCGAAUCGGUUCCCAUCGUUUGUGGAUCAACUAUCGUCGUGACACGAGUGGGAAGUGUAGAGAUAUGGACGAAGAAUGGCAAGUUGGUUACUUAAGUGAUACGGCGGAACGCAAUAUGGAUGGUGGGAUGAAUAUAUACAGCACAGCAUAUGGAUGAUCGUGGCGCUGGAAAGGAGCAUACGUAGUUAGCGGCCGUGGCGGUUGCAGUCGACACGGCGGGGACAAGGACGUUGAGAUCUUUCGAGAGUCUUUUCAGAGAACGAUCCACGUUGUUUGAUGGUUGAAGCAGGGUCGGGGUCAUUCACGGGAGAGAGAGGGGGGUUCUUGUCGUCGUAAGGACGUGUGUUCGUGGCGGCAUGUGCGAGGGCAUCGUGGAAGGCGAGGAGUUCCUUCUUGCGCAGCGUGAUCUUCUUGAUGUCGUCGAUGGACGUAAACCCGUUCGCGGCACGCUGGUCGAGGAUGCGAUCGGCCACAAGAGGCGAAAUGUCGAGAGCUUCCACGAGGGAGUCCUUGGACGCGGUCCGGAGAAAGUGCAGCGCGGCGGUGUCGGUAGCAAGUUCAGAAGCUGUGCCCAUGACUUAGUAAUUUGAAGAAUGACGAACCAUUUGGAAAUAGACUGA